AUGGAGAAGGAAAGAGACGACACGUUUUGUACGCCUGCUAAACACAGCAGGCAAACAAAGACAGAUAUUCACCAACAAGAAAUUUCCACAUUUGUGUUUGUUGGACUGACUGGCAGCGCUCUUCUUCCUUUAAAUCCAAGUAUCCUUGAGAUCAGUUUGCUGGCCAUCGAGCGUUCAGACAUCCUUCUCUUGGCCGGACAGGGGCUCCCUCGGGCUCUAAACAGGUUGACUAUGACCUUCAAACCCCACAGAUCACCAAUACCUAUCCGCGUCAUGGAAAAUACAGAUCUUCUGGACAGUUCUGUUGAGAGCAGUCACGCUAUAAAUGACGAAGAUUUUACUAUAAUCAACAACUUUAUAGAACGACUUCCCAAACCAGUUUGUCUGGUGUCGUAUACAGCAGAGAUAUACGAUUAUAAAGUCAUUCGAAAAGAACUGAACAGGUUAGAUAGAAACAUCAACAACUCCGGGCUACUUUGUACAAGCCUUCGUAAAGCUGUUCGUCAAUUUCGACCAAACCUCGAAUCAUAUGAAUUGAACAAUGUUUACAGAGUGGUCUGCAAACGAAAAAGUGAGAUCACAGAAGAAUCGGCGGAAAAUGUUGUGCGCAUGCUCACAGAGAUAGUCUCCUGUAUACCUGGGACAAUAGGAUGGAUAGACAGAAACUUUGAACUGUUUUAA